GAAGUUUAGCCCCUGCAGAAUUUCUUUUUUGUUGCUAACGUGAAGUUUAGUGACACCAGCUUCAUACAGCGGAUUACAUUAUUUCUCUCUUGAUAGGAUACUGAUAAACAGGUACGCUGGAAUUUUCAGAUACCCACUCGGACAUGUCAUAUGUCUUCAUCAAUGACUCAUCGCAAAGCAGCGUACCACUGCUGCAAGCAUGCAUUGAUGGAGACCUGGCCUUUGCUAGACGUCUUUUGGAGACUGGCUGUGACCCAAACAUUCGGGACAGUCGAGGCCGCACUGGCUUGCACCUAGCCGCUGCACGGGGGAACGUGGAGAUAUGCCGCUUCCUUCACAAGUUCGGUGCUGACCUCUUGGCCACUGAUUACCAUGGUAACACUGCGUUACAUCUCUGCGGCCACGUCGAUACUAUCCAGUUCCUGGUGUCUAACGGCUUGAAGAUUGACAUUUGCAAUCACAAUGGGUCCACACCAUUGGUUCUGGCUAAAAGAAGAGGUGUGAAUAAAGAUGCCAUCCGCCUCCUGGAGGGUCUGGAGGAACAAGAGAUGAAAGGCUUUAACAGAGGAGCGCACUCUAAACUGGAGACCAUGCAUAUGGCUGAGAAUGAAAGUGCUAUGGAAAGCCAUUCUCUCCUCAACCCUAACCUUCAGAAUAGUGAAGGGGUUCUAUCCAGUUUCCGCACCACUUGGCAGGAAUUUGUGGAGGAUCUUGGCUUCUGGAGAGUCCUUGCGCUGCUGGUGGUCAUUGCUCUGCUGUCCCUUGGUAUUGCCUAUUAUGUUAGUGGGGUUCUGCCAUUUUCUGCUGGUCAGCUAGAGCUGGUACACUAAGGGUGGAUCAGACUACAUCAUGUGAGGGACAUGUGUUGGAAAUGGCUGCUGGGUUGCCAGGGAGACUGAUUUGCAGAAAAGAUGAGUACUAGUAGAUGGAACUUGUGCUUGAGGGAGCUUGAGAAUGUGCUUGAGUUUAUUCACAGGUAAACACUACACACCAAACAAGACACACAUGCAGGUGAACAUUUAAAGAAGGCUGUACUAGUGAGGAAUCCAAUAUCCAUAGCUACUUAUAGUAAUGAAUGAUUAUUAUUUUCUUGCUGGCACAUCUUAGCUCCUCAUUUUGUGCCAGUAGGUUCAUUCCUGUUUGUAUAAAUUGUUAUUUCUUUUUUUUAUCCCUGGGGAUAGCUUUCUAUGUAUGCAAAAUAUGUUCUGUAUAUAAGGUGUUUGAAAGUACUUUCUGAUGUUACAGAAUUGGAUAUGCAUCAUUAUGGUUUGCCUUUUAAUAACAAUAUAUCCACUGUAUAAUGUGAGCUUUGCUUUCAGGAGGAAAUUCACAUUUUUGUAAUAUUAUUACAUUUUUAUUUUCCUUUGUAACCAGAGAGUUAAGACAGCUAGAUCACUGGUACACUGUAACUAUCUAACCUGAAAUAAUAUAGGAUGGUUAUAUGUUGCGUGUUCUAAUGGGUGAACAGUGUUGAUUCUUGUCUUUAACUCAGGUAGGUUUAUUUGUAGUUUAUUGUGACAUACUUUUAUCAGCUAUUUAUAGAUAGGCCAGUUCUUUUUUGCACAUAUUGCACAGAUUAUGUUUGUCCUGUUAUGAAAUUAAAUUUUGGCUUUUUGAAAACAA